UCGAAAGCAGCCCUGCGUACGGUACGCAAAUUUUUUCCCCUCCUCGACUAUAGAACAGGAGGACGCGAGGUUUUCGCUUUCCUGCCAGCGUCUUGUUUAUCGGUUUCAGCAGAUCAUGCUUCACGAUGAGGGUCUACAAAUUGAAGGGCUUCCUCUGUAUAAACAUAUCCAGAGGAAUGAAUUCUCAUACCGGAAGCAGGCAAAGCAAAAAGAAGAGGAUAUAGCUAUAUGUGACUGUCAGAUUAAUCCAAAUCGUCAAGACAGUGCAUGUGGAGAACAUUGCCUGAAUGUCCUGACAAGCACAGAGUGCACUCCUGGCUAUUGUCCUUGUGGGGAUUAUUGUAUGAAUCAGAGGUUUCAGAAAUGCCAGUAUGCUAAAUCAACAUUAUUUAAGACUGAAGGCCGUGGAUGGGGCCUUCUUGCAGAUGAAGACAUCAAGGCUGGGCAAUUUGUCAUUGAGUAUUGUGGAGAAGUCAUAUCAUGGAAGGAAGCUAAACAAAGAUCUCAAGCAUAUGAAGCCGAAGGUUUGAAGGAUGCAUAUAUUAUUUCUCUUAACGGACAUGAAACCAUCGAUGCCACUAGGAAAGGGAACCUGGCCAGAUUUAUCAACCAUUCAUGCGGACCAAACUGCGAAACAAGGAAAUGGAAUGUGUUGGGGGAAAUAAGGGUGGGUAUAUUUGCGAAGCAAGAUAUUUCAACUGGAACAGAACUAUCCUAUAACUACAACUUUGAAUGGUAUGGUGGUACCAAAGUUCGGUGCCUCUGUGGCGCUGCCUGCUGUUCUGACUUUCUCGGGGCUAAAUCACGUGGUUUCCAGGAGGCCACCUAUCUUUGGGAAGAUGAUGAUAACAGGUACUCUGUUGACAAUAUGCCUCUCUAUGAUUCUACGGAUGAGGAGACCGAUUCUAACUUUCUCAAGGCCAUUGUCCUAUCAAAUGAGGGAACAACAUCUGAAACAGAAACUGGGGAGUUUCUUAGACGUGCCUAUGACACUGAUUGUAUGAUGCUUUCUCAGGCCUUGCCAAUUAAUGUCGAACCUCUGUGCUCUGUACCUAUGGAAGUCGAUGAGGGAAAGAACGAAGCAAAUGAACAGGAUAAUUUUUAUGUGCAACACGCUCUACAGAACCCUGGACAGAAAUCUACAGUAGUUUCUCAUAUAAGAAGCAAAAAUGUCUUCCGUAGCUAUCAGAUACAGUCAGGUCCUUUGUUUAAGAGUUCGCCACAUUACUCUAAUGGAAAAUCAAAAAAUUAUGUGAGAAGACAGGUGAAUGUGAAGUUUGUCUGUGAACGUUUGGCAUCAAAGGAAGCAUGCGAUGAACUUCUGUCUUGUGAGGAACUGAAAAAUCAGGCUACCUCUCAACUGGAUCGCGUAUAUGAUGAAAUAAGGCCAGCUAUUGAAGAGCGUGAGAGGGACAGUCAAGACAGCGUGCCAACCAGCGUCGCAGAGAAGUGGAUCGAAGCCAGCUGCAAUAAACUAAAAGCUGAGUUCGAUCUACAUUCCUCUAUUAUUAAGAGCAUCCUCUGCACUCCUCAUAGAAGUUGUGCUCAGGCAAACCCCCAUGAAGAGUUGGACUUAGAAAAUGGCAUCAAAUUUUUAGAAAAUGGCCAGUGAAAAUACAGAUGCUAUCUAUCAAAGGGAUUAGUGGAGUAGAUCCACUAUUGAUUUACAUUAUUUGGAGAUUUUUAUUAUCUUUUUUGUGUCUCUCUUUUUGUAGCUCUAUUUUUAAGGCAACUUUAGAUUUCCCUGCUUCAUGUAAUUGUUAGCAUUCAGAGUAAAAUUUGUUCACUU